AUGGCUUUCGGAUUAGCAUUUUUGUCUUUUCUGCUUGCGUUACCGUCCGUGUUUGCGCAACUCUCAGGCAGGGUGGGACCUACGACUCCGCUAUCCGCAAAACAAGCGACAAUAUGCAAUGUUCUCAACUUCGGCGGGUCUGUCGGGUCUAGCGACAUCGGACCAGCUAUCGGGAACGCGUUCACGAAUUGUGUGCUGAAGAAUCCUAACGGCUCGACAUUGUAUGUCCCUGCGGGAAACUACAGCAUGCAGACUUGGCAGACACUCAAAGGUGGCUCGAAGUGGGCUUUCCAGAUGGACGGUGUUAUCACUCGUAACAGCACGACGGGUGAGAAUAUGAUCGUCAUCCAGAACGCGAACGACUUCGAGUUCUUCUCGAAUAAUAGCGCGGGAGCAAUUCAAGGAAAUGGCUACCUAGCUCGCAAUGCAGGACCUAGGCUGGUUCGUAUCGUGAAUUCAAACAAUUUCUCGAUGCAUGAUUUGAUCUUGGUCGAUUCUCCUGUGUUUCACCUGGUCAUCCAACAAGGCUCAAACGGGGAGAUCUACAAUAUGGCUAUACGCGGGGCAAACAUCGGUGGAUCAGAUGGGAUCGAUGUCUGGGGCACGAACUACUGGAUCCACGACAUAGAAGUCACUAACCGGGAUGAAUGCGUCACCGUCAAGUCACCUGCGAGCAACAUACUCGUCGAGCGAAUCUGGUGUAAUCAAUCCGGCGGGUCUGCUAUUGGUUCCCUUGGGACAGGCACAGCAAUCCAGGACGUCCUCUAUCGGAACGUCUACACGAACGGCGGGAACCAGAUCUUCAUGAUCAAGUCAAACGGCGGGAACGGAACUGUGAAGAACGUGGUGUUCGACACAUUCUUGAGUCGCGGCACAGCGUAUGGACUAAAUGUGGACCAGUAUUGGAGUGAGCUGGCAGAGCAGGCUGGUGAUGGCGUGCAGCUGCGUAAUAUCACGUUCAAGAACUGGGAUGGUGCAGUUAUCGAUGGCGUCCGACGCUCGCCAAUACAGUUUCUCUGCGCCGACGGGGCACUCUGCACGGGCAUGACUCUCCAAAAUGUCAGCCUCUGGUCGGACACCAACGCGGCAACCAAUAAGUGCCGUAGCGCGUUCGGUUCGGGUGCGUGCCUCCGCUCCGGGACACCGUCGAGCUAUCCAGCGGUGACAACAACGAUUAGUCGACCUCCUGGCUACUCGACUCCACCUACUCUUUCAGGCGACUUGUCGACAGGAUUUGCAACAAAUUCGUCUAUUCCGAUUCCGACGAUUCCAACGAUGUUCUUUCCUGGUCUCCCGCAGAUCUCGCCACUGGCGAAGAACUCUUAA